AUGAAUUCCCCAAAAACCUGAAAGGCAAAUUCUGCGACUUGGCCGGCGUUCCUGAGGAGCAUGUGGACAAUGAGUAUGGCUUGGCUCUGUCUCGCAGCCUGCACUGUUCUACUUGUUGGUUGCUUUCAUACAGCUGCCACAGAAAGCGACGUCACUCCACGCCUCACCUUCUCCUACAAUGCAAAGGAGAGAACAACCAAGAGUUUCUCAGCCAGCGGGAUCUAUAACUUCACCUCCCUCCUCCUCAGUAAAGAAGACAACAUGCUGUACGUCGGGGCUAGGGAGAUUCUCUUUGCUCUCAACCUCUCUGAUAUCAGUGCAGUGAAGCUACAAAAAAACCUCACAUGGAAAACUCCAGACAGGAAGAGAGAGGAGUGCAGUUUCAAAGGGAAAGAUCUGCAGACGGAUUGCUUCAACUACAUCAAGAUUUUGCUCCAUAUAAACAGCACUACUCUGUAUGUGUGUGGAACAUACGCCUUCAGCCCCAUCUGUGCUUACAUAAACACCGCUGAUUUCUCCCUCGUCAAGAGCAAUACUGGUGAGAUUGUCACAGAGGACGGACGAAGCCGCUGUCCCUUCAACCCUGAAUACAAGUCCACUGCCAUCAUGGCUGAUGGAGAGCUGUAUGCUGGUACAGUCAGUAAUUUCCAAGGAAAUGAGCCCAUCAUUUACAAGAGUCUAAGCCAAGGAACUGCUCUAAAAACAGAAAACUCACUGAACUGGCUUCAAGACCCGGCCUUUGUCGGCUCUGCCUACAUACAGGAGAGCCUGCCCAAGGGCAACCUAGUGGGCGAUGACGAUAAGAUUUACUUCUUCUUCAGCGAAGCGGGAAAGGAGUUUGAUUUCUUUGACAACACCAUUGUGUCACGCAUCGCUCGCGUGUGUAAGGGUGACUUGGGAGGCGAGAGGGUCCUGCAGAAGAAAUGGACGACCUUCCUGAAGGCUCAACUCUUGUGCUCUCUGCCUGAUGAUGGCUUCCCUUUCAAUAUAAUCCAAGACAUGUUUGUGCUGACACCAAGCCCCGGGGACUGGAAAAACACUGUGUUUUAUGGAGUCUUCACAUCUCAGUGGUAUAAGGGUGCUUCAGGAAGCUCUGCAGUGUGUUCCUUCACUAUGGACCAGGUGGAGAAAGCGUUCAAUGGCCGAUACCGUGAGGUCAACAGAGAAACCCAGCAGUGGUACACAUACAACCAUCCGGUCCCAGAGCCUCGACCCGGAGCGUGUAUCACAAACGCCGCCAGAGAGCAGGGGAUCUCAUCCUCACUCCACAUGCCGGACAAGGUGCUGAAUUUUGUGAAAGACCGCUUCCUGAUGGAUAGUGUGAUCCGCAGCCAGCCGCUUCUGCUGAAACGUAAUGUUCGCUACACGCAGAUCGCUGUCCAUCGUGUCCGAACAGCACACAAGGCGUAUAAUGUACUUUUCAUUGGCACAGAUGAUGGGAGACUUCAUAAAGCCAUUAAUGUUAACAACAAGAUGCACAUCAUUGAGGAGAUGGUGGUCUUCCGUGACUCCCAGCCAGUGCAGCACAUUGAACUGGACUCUGAAAAGGGUCAGCUUUAUGUUUCCUCCUUCUCUGAACUGGUGGAGGUCCCAGUAGCUAACUGCACUAAUUAUCAGAGCUGUGGGGAGUGCGUCCUCUCCAGGGAUCCCUACUGCGCCUGGAACGGGAGGCAAUGUGUUGAUGUCAGACAGGCUCCACCAAGCAAUGCGUGGCAGCAGGAUGUAGAUGAAGCAGACACAUCAGCUAUUUGCAACAAGACAGUGCCUAGCCCACGGUUUGCUAAACCUCCACCUACACAAAUGUCUUCAUGCCAGGUGAUUAUUAUCCCAGCCAACACAUUCAAAGUGCUGCCCUGCAAGCUGCGCUCUAAUUUGGCUGAAAGGAGGUGGAAGUUCAGCGAGAGUGCAGGUCACUUCCAUUACCCCAGCCCAGAGGGGGAGCUGGUAGUGGUAGCUCAGGCUGACAAACAGGAAACCUACGAGUGCUGGUCAGUGGAGGAAGGCUUCAUGCAGCUGCUGGCAAACUACUGUGUGAGGGGCGAAGCCAAGCAAGAGAGCACCACCCUGACAGGCCGCUCGCAUACGCCGCAGAUCUCCCAGGAUGGGUUCAUCAUCCUGCCUGGCAAAGCUCGCUCACCGCAGAUCAACACCAAGACCUACUGGAAUGAGCUCAUCGUGGUGUGUGCCCUCCUGGCAUUUUCUCUAGUAGUCUUCUCUCUAUUUGUGGUCUACAGGAACCGCGACCACAUGAAGUCCAUGCUCAAGGAGGGCGAGUGCCCCAACAUACAGCAAAAGAAGCCCAGAAUAGGAGGGAAACCGGCAGAGAACUUGCCGCUCAACGGCAACACAGUCACAACAUCAGCAUCAGAUCACAAGGGCUACCAGACCCUUAACGACAACUACAUCUGCAGCACUCCACCGCACGAGUGCUCAUCGCCUGACAACAGCAAGAGCUUCUCAGAGUCGGAGAAGAGGCCUCUGAACUUGAAGGAGAGCCAUGUAGAGAUAUCACCCACAUGCCCGCGGCCACGAGUGAGACUGGGCUCUGAGAUUAAAGACUCUAUAGUGUGAGUCCGCCUUCAUAAUUAUGUGGAGUGACUUGA